AUGUUCCACUAUCCCACCGCCCCAUCAGUCUUCGUCGACCCCUAUGAUCCCUAUGCCCCCCACCAUCAACCUUUCUACGCUGCGGGACCGUCUCGACUCUCCCAAGCUCAACGUCAGCGCGAGCUUUACCACGAACAACGCCGCCGAGCACUCGCGAUGGAGGCGCAACGACGCGAGAGACAACGAUUGGCGUACGAACAGCACCUGAGAGAGCAAGAAUGGGCUCGACGAAUGAACUACUCAUCCUUCUGGGAUCCACGACAAAAGGAUCAUUACGUUCACCAUGACGACGACGGCGACGAGCGCGAGGAUGAGUACGACUCUGCCGAGGAAUCCGAGUCGGAGCCGGAGCCGGAGCCCGAGCAGGCGCAAGGAUUUUCGACGCGACAAGCGCACAUCUCACAAGAAGUUUCAUCCUCCAAGCGGCCCAUCUCUCCGAAAAGGUGUGGCAUCUCAAUCCCCAUCCCCGAGCCUGCAUCGUAUGGUCCAACCGAAGAAGAUGCCGCCACGACCUUGCAAAAACACUUCCGAGCCCGACUCUACCGUCGCCAGGCCUUGGCUGCGCUCAAGGCCCUUGCCGACACUUAUGCGCAACGCUCCAAGGUGGAAAUCCCUACCAAGCUACAUGCGUACAACGGGAAGCUCGCUUACGACUCUCACAACGCCCCAUUUCACGCUUACGAGGACGCGCUGGUCAAGCUGCUUACCCAGCUCGACGAAAUUUCGACCAAGGGCGACGACAAGAUCAAAGCGGCACGCAAGGCUCUUGUACGCAAGAUCGAGAAGGAACUGAACCGCCUCGAUCAAAUUAAGGAAACUUCGCUGGCACAAGUCGCCCUGUUGGCCCCAUCACUCGAGGCAGAGGAUUCGGGGGACCAGGAUGCCGGCUCGGAGGGUGAACAGAUCGCUGGGGCCGAGGACGAAGAGGAAUGGCACGGUAUUCCCUCCGACACUGAAUCCGAAGCCGAAUCUACUGGCGACAUUGAACCACUAGUAUGA